AUGAUUCAUGCGCGGUGCUGGCACAUUGACUGCCUCGAACCCUACUCCAACCACGCAGCGUCGCAAGGGCGUGAUCAUAUCAGUCCUGAUUUAACACCCUACAGAAGGUUAAUCCUGUUCGAGACUGGCGGAGGUGACAACUAUCCAGAAGUCUGGGGAGCGCCAUUGAACGAUAUUUUCGCUCUUGUUGAUUAUGAAGCCGGCCAUGAGUUGCCAGCUCAGAUCAAGAAAUUUGGCCACGACAUCAAGGACGUCAAGGCAGUGAUCAUGGGCCACAUGCAUCUGGAUCAUGCCGGUGGUUUGGAGAACUUCAAGGGCACUGAUGUUCCAAUUUGGAUUCACGAGAAGGAGUUGAAGCAUGCUUAUUACUCCGUAGCCACAAAGUCGGAUCUAGGUGUCUAUCUGCCAAAGGAUCUUGGGUUUGAUCUCAACUGGAAGGCUAUCCACGGACCAUUCCUUGAGAUUGCACCUGGCAUCAACCUCAGGCACUCGCCCGGCCACACACCUGGCUUGAUAAUCAUGCAAGUAAAUCUGAAAGAGUCAGGAACUUGGAUCUUCACUACGGAUCACCAUCACGUGCUCGAGAACUAUGAAUCUGAUGUGCCACAAGGCUGGCUGGCAAGGGACCAUGACGAUUGGGUUGCUAGCCAUCAGAUGAUCAAGGCUUUGCAGAAGCGUACGAAUGGCAAGUUGGUCUUUGGACACUGUGGAACAACUUUGUUCAAAUACAAGGUCUCUCCCCAUGCGUAUACUUAG